UGAAUCUUUAGGUGGUGCUCAGCCUACUAAGCUCAGUGGUUUUUUUUUUUCUUUGCUUGAUUUACUUUAUGUCAAAAUCUUAGAAUAUUGGGACAGAAAAAAAAAUACAGCUCGUGCUACUUAACUCUACAUUGGUAUUGAAUGUUAUUGAAUGUUAUAUUGAAUGCUCUGUAUGCUUUACUUUAGUUGGAUUUAUUAUUUAGAUUUAUGCUUAUGUCAUCCUUUCAGUCCAAUUCUUUUUCAACUAACGGAUGGAUUAUGGCAUUUUGAUUUCAUAUUGUUCAUACUACCUAACAAGUUAACUUGUUCACAUGCUGACUAAUAUCCUAGAAUGAUAACUAUAACAGGAAAACAUUGUUUUUACCCCUGCCAGUUUAAGCGCUGUGUUUUGAUUAGCUCAUUGCCUGCCAUUGAGAUGGUAUAUUGGACAAUCACUCACUACCAGCACUCCGGGUUAAAUGUCUAUUUUCAUUAAAAGUUCUGUUCUGGCACUUGUAUUCAGUGGGUAUGAACAGAAUUACAAGCCGUCACUUGGUGUCUUUUAUCUUUUCAUGUUAUCAGCAAACAAGCUUUAUCAUCCUCCUGUGCCACUCAAGUAGUGUGUACAGUGACCAUUUUGACACUGGGCAUGCGAGUGAUGCUUGUGGGCUUAGCACUUAUAGGCUCUCAAAUGUCUCAUAGCCCGAGCAGUGCCAAGCCCCCUCCCCAAACACUUGACCCAUGCUGACGCAGUCUGUCGUUUUACAUUUAGGGCCACGGGCUCAUUGCAAUCCCGGUAGUGUGGACAGGAGCACACACUAUGAACAUAUGUAGCAUGAAAGAACGAUAGGUUUUUCGUUGGUUUGUUGCAACAAUCAAUUUUUUAGUUCCUUCACUGGCCUUUUGCAGCAGUGAAUAAUUGAAAUCGAUCAGUUUCUUCCUUUAAACCUCUUUUUUCCGGAGUUUUAAUCAACAAGUUUGCACACCUGUCGGUACCACUGAAGGGUAGAGCUGGCUCCGAUUGUCACAAAAAUCUACCCGUCUGUUUCACGGACGUUACCGAUCCCGCAAUUUUCUCGAGUUGGUGUCUUGACGUGAUUUUUUUCACUGAAGGAGCCAUGAGUUCCUCCAUGAAGAUAACGGGGCCAGGCCAACAGCUGGGCGACAACAGCUGCUUUGACCUCCUCCAGAACCGCAUCGAGUCACUGAGCGGCAAGAUGGACAAGCUCAUCCACCUUCAAGAAAAGGUCCUCAACCAGCUCGAUGCCAAGUCCAAUGCCAAUGAAAGGAAUGAAAAUGUCCAGAAGAUCCUCACACCAAGUUGGGAAGUCAACCAGUCGCAGGGAAAAGACGUCAAGGACAUAUACCAGGAAAUGAGCACAAUCAUGUCGGCGGUGAACCAGCGGUCUGAGAUUCAGGCUCAGAAGCUGGAGGGAAUGGAGAAACUGGUCCUUAGCAUGCAGCAGGUGAUCAGCUUCCUCGGGGAGACGGUCAAGAGCUCCAAAGUUAUGCAAUUCAUGUUCAAAGGGCCCGUUGCAAACAAGGGUAACAAAGGAAAGCAAGUAGCAAAGAGAAGAUCACCAGACACAAUCAAAAAGCCACAGAAGUUGAAGGAACGCUGUAAAGAUGGUACAGAAAGGCCCUUUUUGACUCCAAAAGCCCAAAAUACAAUGAAACAUCCACACACUGAAGAUAUUGCACAUGUGCAGAAACUCAACAGAGAGAAUGCAGAGAAGUCCCCUCAGCAACAUAACAUCAUGAUUUCUGCAGAUAAACAUCCUGACAGUGGUCUAGUUGGCAACCUACAGGAAGAUUGCCAACGCUUCCAAGAUCUUGAGCAAAAGGUUUCUGAUGAAGAUGCGGACAUUGUUGAGGAGCUUGUUGAGGAGCUUGUUGAGGAAUUAGUGGAGGAGGAAGUCAUAGAGAAAGAAGGGGAACAAGCAGUGGGUGAAGAGGUGGAAGAAGUGGUGGAGGAAAUCACUUUUGAAGAAGAAUUACAAAGCUGCAAGUCUGACAGUACAAAAGAACAAACAGCAAGUGAUGAUUGUGAGGCCACCACAGCUUCUCCCGCAACCGAGCCUGAGGUUAGCGCCGCCGCCGACUCUUUCGAGACCGAAGAACUGGUGGUGGAGGAAUACACCGAGGUCCUGGAAGUUCAGGAGGAAGAGGACAAGGAGAUGAAGGAGGAAAAGGAGGGUGCUGAGGAGGAGAAUCAGGAGCAGGCGGACUGGGCUGUCUUUAGGGCGGACGGGGUUGAGUUCCAGUUUGACCUGAAAAAGAGAUUGGAGCUACAGAAGAUGGAAAACCAAGCCAAAAGUGAGGAAAAAAAUGAGCCUGGGGAUGUUCAGCAAUAUUUGAUUGACACCACUCCUCCCCCGCCAGCGCCAUUUAAUCACCGCAUCGUGUCGGCCAAGCCAAACCAGAUCAGCAACUUCUACACCAUCAACUGGCAGGAGGUCCUGGGCGGGGGUCGUUUUGGCCAAGUGCACAAAUGUGUUGAAAACUCAUCUGGGCUGACGUUGGCAGCCAAGGUCAUCAAGGCCAGGUCCCAGAAAGAAAAGGAAGUGGUGAAGAAUGAAAUCCAGGUCAUGAACAAUCUGGACCACCCCAACCUGAUCCAACUAUAUGCAGCUUACGAGUCCAGGAACGACAUUAUUCUUGUACUUGAACACGUCGGAGGCGGCGAGCUGUUCGACAGAAUCAUCGAUGAAAACUACACUUUAAUGGAGUUGGAUGCUGUAGUAUUCAUCAGGCAGAUUUGUGAGGGCUUGCAACACAUGCACAAAAUGUACAUCCUCCAUUUGGACUUGAAGCCAGAAAACAUCCUGUGUGUAAGCAGAGUCACAAAUAAAGUCAAGAUCAUCGACUUUGGCCUUGCUAGGAUAUACAAACCGAGGGAAAAGCUGCGGGUCAAUUUUGGUACGCCAGAGUUUUUGGCCCCUGAAGUCAUCAAUUAUGACUUUGUGUCAUUUAACACAGACAUGUGGAGCCUUGGUGUCAUCACCUACAUGCUUCUAAGCGGCCUCUGUCCUUUUCUGGGUGACGAUGACAAUGAGACGCUCAACAACAUCUUGGCCUGUCAGUGGAACUUUGAAGAGCAAGAGUUUUUGGACACAUCUGAAGAGGCCAAAGAUUUCAUCACUAGACUUCUAGUCGUUAAUAAAAGUUGGAGGAUGGGAGCGUCCGACGCCCUAAAACAUCCUUGGCUUUCUGAUGCCAGCCUUCAUCAUAAAUUGAAUACCAAGAAAACCAUGUGCCGAUCUCGUCGGUCAUCAUGUGUACCCUCAACAGACAGUUGAGGACACCAACAGGAUACGAUCGGGCCAUUUUGGACCAAGCCUCCUCUUCCAAUAAUGCGACCGUCAUGUCAACAGAUUUGCAAUGACUCACUUUACAUGACUGUUUUAUUUGUAAAUGCUUCUAUGGAUAGGAUUAAACACUUUUUAUUGUCAUACAGCCCUUAAACAAUCAUCCUGAUGUAUUAAAAACACAACAAAAACAGAUAGAUUGCACUCUAAAGGGUGUCCAAAGUGGCCAUUUCAGGGGCUAGCCAUCUGCCCAUCCAUCAGUCAAGGUUAUUAUAGUUAACAAAACUGAAAAAAUGACUAAAGCUUGGAAUGUAAAAAACAAAAGCAAAAAACAAACAAACAAACAAAUAAACCAAAAAAAAAAAAACAUUGAACGUGAAAAACGAGGGGUUUUAAAAUACAAACUAAAAGUACAUUUCAACGUUACUGAACUAACUAUUCUGCUUCUACUAUUCAAUGCUUUUAAAUGCAUUUAUUUAAUUUUUACAACAGCUGUACUUAGGCUGUAUGCAACAACGGUUGCAAAAAAAUGCUAAUACUCAGCAGCACCCAAAAAAGAAUAAUAGAAUCUAAUAAACUUGCUCUAAAAGGUAAUAUAAACUAACUGGGAAAAAAAAAAAUCACAACAUAUUAUAACCCUACCACCCAUCCGUCAAUUUAUUUCGAGUGUCAUGGAUAUAAUCGAAGCUGACUUUAGGCUAGGACAGGGAGGACUCGUCAAAACUAGGCACACAUUGACAUUCAUCAUUCAUUCAUCUAUUGUUUUUUUUAUGGCACUUACAGUAAGAUUUGCGUGAGCCGGAGCUCUUGGCCCCACUGUUGGUCAUGUUCAACCCUCACAUGGACUUGAGCAAAUUAGAGUAGUCAGUGUACUUCACAUGCAGCGUUUUUUUCAUCAACGAUGACUGUAAUGAAAACAUUUCAUCGACAAACAAUUUUUUCAUGACGAUGAAGAGACGAUAAUAAGCUAAAAAUGUCUCUUGGGACUCUAAAACAUAAUGUCACAAAUGCUAGUUUUGCGCCAUAGUUUCUGUCACAUGUUCACAAUGUGUGACAUUUUAAGUUUAGUUAGCCUGGCUGGUUGUGUCACUCAUGUGACAUGCUGCGCCACCCCAACUCACCUUCUAGUCUAGUGUCCUCUCCAGUCUCAUCAUUGCUUGUUUUGAGACACGCACGGUAAUAUUUGUCUUCUUAUCUUGGUAAGAGAGAAAAUGCAAUGUUGCUUUAGCCUUUAAAGGUCUGUGCUAAGUGAUCUCACACUAAAUGUAACUCAUAGCAUUAGCAUAGCAUUCACAUUCCCGUUAACAUUAGGCUAUUGCUGACGGUGAGCGUCCUCCUAGACUCUAGGACUUUUUUUUUUUUACAUACAGCUCAUGGCGUCCAGUUGAGUAUAACUAAUUGAAAAUAAUGUAGCUCACUGUUUUCCUGCUGAAUGUGUAUUAUCUAGUGAUAGAUUUGUAGACCCUUGUAAAUGCUACAAUAUUUGCCCGUUUGUCAAUGUUCAUUUGAAAUAGUUGGAAACCUUUUUUUUAAUUUAAUUUUGGAGUGAAACAUUUGAAUUUUACUGACGAAAAUAUUGAGUAAACGUCGACUAAAACGGAACGAAAUGAGUUUUCAUUAAAAACUAGAUGAAAACGAACAUAUUUUCAAAUGAGAAAAUAUGACUAAGACUAAUAAGUAUUAUCAUCCAAAAGACGAAGAUGAAAAUUAAUAGGGCUACUAAAAACAACACUGUAUCACAUGCAUAUUAAAAAUUUGGGAGGCAGUCAUGGUACCCAAAGAAAACCCUCGUAAGGACGGGUAGAACAUACAAAUCUUUUGUGUUGAGAUUCGAGUGUGACACUUUUUGGAUGAGACAAAAGGUGUAUUUGGUCAUUCAAUAGAUUGAUUUUGGCAUGUGUAAUAAAAAGUGAAAGGAUAUUUAUACGUAGUACUAUAUAUGUGGAUGGUAUUUGGACACCCUUUAAUUUAGUUUGCAAUAACAGCAUCCUUCACGAGCAUUUCUUGGUGUGACAUUUUUAAUGGAGUGUUUUCAGUGUUCUGAACAUCUUCACGCAAAUGCCGCUUCCUUGAAGGCCCAAAAAAUGCAGAACUAAGACAGUGCAGGGUGGUUCAUUUGAAACGUUUUAGUAACAAAUGCCCAUUUUACAUAUAAUGUAGUUAAUAACUAAGAUACAUUUGUAUUUUUUAUUGAUGAAUCUUGUUGGUGUCUAGUAUGUGCACUUUAUUAUUUGUAUUUAUUCACCAGUAGAGUAGUUUCUGUAGGUUUCACCAGUAGUCUGUAUUUUGUAAUUAAAAAUAUACUGUAUGUCUUAUUAGCUGAAUUCUAUGUCAUAUCUGUUUUCUAAAAACUGUACUGUAUGCAUGAGCUGUCAAGCCACCUUGGUGCCACUUAGCCAUUAAAUGCUUGUUUUUCACUGUCACCACUACGUGAUAGAUUCGCCUUCUGUGAAGGUUCACUGUAUAACAAAGAAACACACUAUCUACCUACUGUUGCCGAGUAACUGGAUGACACUUAGGUUUGUUUAAAUGUCACGUAUGAGUGGAUUGUUGAAGUUCAAUACGUUACUCUGACAUGACAGCAUGUUUUCUGUUUUGUUGAGUGUACACACCCAUUAAACUGAUACUAUACUUGA